CAAAUAAUUUCAGUCUCUAAUAUUGCUCCUAGUGGCGUGUAUUUUCUUCAGAGGAUUUUGCUUCUUUUUAGCUUUGCAUUUUAUGCUUUGAAGAUAUUUACGUUUCUAUGUUAUGGUCAUUCUUGUUAUAAAGAAUGGAUAUUGUGAUGAAUUGUAGGGUAGUUAAGGGUAUUUGGUUAGAGAAUCCUGAAUAUCUUAGAGAGUGAACAAGCCCACGUCUAACGGUUGCUUAGAAUUGGCGUUCAACAGAAUUCUGGGGACAAAAAUGCCGAUGUUACAACCCACUGAUCAAGUGGGUACCCUCAUUCUCCUGCAUUGCAUCGUUGCGACGUUGUGCCUAAAAGCCUGUAUUGUUCUCUUUUGGCGCCCAACAGCCGUUCAAGGAUUUCUUACCAGAAAGUUUGCCUCCUUGGAAACGAACCCAGGACCCCUUACUUAUAGGAAUCCUUUCCACGACCAUGGUACCAUUGGUUUAGAUCAAAUGGUCUCCUAUACGCUAUAUGUAGGAGGUCUUGGAUUUGAACCUUGGGAGGCACACUUUCGAAUAACAAUCCCUUGAGGAACUGGCGGGUACCCAAAGAGGAUAAAAUCGAUUACGUUCAUGAUGCCGGCAUAACAUUGUGUGGAGAAAUGAAUGUACCUGAUCUGUCGCUGGAUCGUGACAGUUGUGGUAAAGGAAAAUAUUAAGUGUAAAAUUGCAUGGUUCUAUUAUUUUUCAGUUCUGGCAAUGUGAAUGUGAUUCUCACUUUAUGCCAAAGAUAUCUCUCUGGCAGCAUAGAAAUAAAGUGAGUAUAUAUUUUAAUCCUUUGAUUUAUUACAGAGCUCUUCCCUCAUAAACAACAUUUUUUCUAAUGUUACGCGAUGCCAGAUUUUUUUUUUGUAAAAAUAAAAGUUAACAAUCAUUGAACUGAUUUUUAACUUGUUCCAUAUGGUGGAUGAUUCCAACUUUGGAAGCCUUAUUGGCACAUUUUCCUCAUAAAGACUAGGCAUCAAUGGAUGGACAGGGAUCUACCUGUAGGAACUGAGGCAUUAAUUUUCCGGCUCAGUUGUGUUAUGAUUUAGGCCACUUAGCCUCUUGUGUUACUUGUCAAUAUGAACAACCAAUAUGGUGAAGGUCAAGAUGAAGCAACUGUCAUGGGGUUUGAAGUGCCAAGGUCACCUGAUUCUAGUUAUAAUAAUGUGUACCCUGGGAACGAAGAUGACGCACGUGACCCGCCACUUGUCCCUCCACAGCUGCAUCGUACCUUGCUUAGGUACCCUGCUAGCAUGAACGCAUCUGGGGAUCUUCCUUUCCCCGACAACGUGAUUCUAAAUCAUCUUUACAUUGAAAACCGAGAGCCACCAAGAUCUGUAGUGGCACUUGGAUUCACUCAACGUUUUCGUUCGAAGUAUGUUACUCUUGUGCUAUACAAGCCGGUUCCAAGAAGAGGAAGUAGCAGUACUUAAGAUAUGAAACGAGAACAGACUUUCACGUCGGGUUGGUCGGCUUGCCCGUGUGAUUGGAAUUAGUUGCAAUAGACUCUAGUACAAGUAUUAGCAGAAAGAAUAUUUAUUGGUUUCGCAGCAUUUGGCUUGAAGGUUUCCAUUCAAUCUGAAAGUCGAGACUGGGAAAUAUAUAAGAAAGCUUUCUUUCUUUCUUUAUUUGUUUAUAUUAAAAUACAAAACUCUUUAUAUCUAUUUCUUUAACCUGUAUUGUGGCCUUGUAUUUUAGGGGCAUUUAGUCA